UCUGUCUCCAUGCCUCGGGUCUUCUUGACCCAGUCUGAGCGGAGCAGCGCCGCCAGUCCGACUCACUUGCUGAGCCGAGCGGUACCGGCUGGGCGCUGUGGAGACAACAUGAACGAGGGCGCCAGGUUCGGGCUCUGUGGACCGCAGCGCGCCGUGGACCGGACCGGGGGGACCUGUUAGUAGUAGCAGUGGACAAGUGGACGCUCUUUGAAUGGAGAAAAAGGAUUUGUGACUUUUCUUUUGGUUGUUUUUUUUCUCCUCAGAGAGAGAAGACGUGUGGAUGGUUUCCAAAGUACUUUUUGGGAGUUUUUUUUAAGCUGGAAUUCCAUUUGGGGACACCUGAAGACAUAAAGUGUGCACAGUGAAAGACGUACAUUGGGUCAGAAGGAAGCUUCUCGCGGCGUCCCCAGGUCGCCGUUCCGCCGGACGUCAUGCGAAAGGAGGAUGUCGCCUGAGUCGGGCCUCACUGCUGUGCGCCUUGCCUCGCUGCCCAGAGGGAUGACGGCCACGUUGCGCUCGCUCUGGCUUUGUGUCCUGCUGCCCGUCUGCGUGGUGGCGGCCAGGCUGCCCAUCGUUGAGCCCACAGACGCUGUGUCCAGCGAGGCAGCAUUCCUGGAGGACUUCGUUCUUGGCGUGGGGGACACCCUGGAAAUGUCAUGUGACCCAGAGGGCUCCUCCUCCCGGCCAGUGGUCUGGUACAAAGAUGGCGCCGGGAUGGUGUCUAGCAACCGCACACGGGUGGGCCAUAGGAUGCUGCGCAUCAUCAACGUGUCGUACGAGGACUCGGGCGUGUACGCAUGUCGACUCGCCCUCAGUAACAAGCUGCUCAGCAACUACACCAUCAGGGUGACAGAUUCUCUGUCGUCCGGUGAUGAUGAAGAUUACGAUGAAGAUCCAGAAGAUGCAGGUAAUGACAAUGAAGCGCCGUACUGGACCAGGCCGGACCGGAUGGACAAGAAGCUUCUAGCAGUCCCAGCCGCCAACACCGUCAAGUUCCGUUGCGCUGCGUCUGGCAACCCAACGCCGAGCAUCCACUGGCUGAAGAACGGCAAAGAGUUCAAGGGGGAGCAGCGCAUGGGCGGCAUCAAGUUGAGGCACCAGCAGUGGAGUCUGGUGAUGGAGAGUGCCGUGCCGUCGGACCGCGGGAACUACACGUGCGUGGUGCACAACAAGUACGGCACCAUCACGCACACCUACCAGCUGGAUGUGCUCGAGCGCUCGCCUCACAGGCCCAUCCUGCAGGCCGGCCUCCCCGCCAAUCAGACGGUGGUGGUGGGCAGCGACGUUGAGUUCCACUGUAAAGUCUACAGCGACGCUCAGCCGCACAUCCAGUGGCUCAAACACAUUGAGGUCAACGGCAGCCGCUACGGCCCUGACGGCGUCCCCUACGUCAGCAUCCUGAAGACGGCCGGUAUUAACACUACCGAUAAGGAGCUAGAGGUUCUCUUCUUGGCCAAUGUGUCUUUUGAGGAUGCGGGCGAGUACACUUGCCUGGCAGGGAACUCUAUUGGCUUUGCUCACCACUCUGCUUGGCUCACGGUGCUCCCAGUGAGUCCGGAGAAAGAGGACUAUUAUGCAGACAUCCUCAUCUACGUAACGGGCUGCGUGCUCUUCAUCCUGGCAGUGGUCAUCGUGGUUCUUUGUCGCAUGAGGAUGACCACGCAGAAGACGCUGCCCACGCCGCCCGUCCAAAAGCUGUCCAAGUUCCCCCUCAAGAGACAGGUAACAGUGUCCUUGGAUUCCAACUCCUCCAUGAACUCCAACACGCCGCUGGUCAGGAUCGCCCGCCUGUCGUCAAGCGACGGACCCAUGUUGGCCAACGUCUCUGAGCUGGAGCUGCCCUCUGACCCUAAGUGGGAGUUUCCUCGUGCCCGGCUCACUUUGGGCAAACCGCUGGGCGAGGGCUGCUUCGGUCAGGUGGUGAUGGCCGAGGCUAUCGGCAUCGACAAGGAGAAGCCCAACAAACCGCUAACUGUUGCUGUGAAGAUGCUAAAAGAUGAUGCCACAGAUAAAGAUCUGUCAGACCUGGUGUCUGAGAUGGAGAUGAUGAAGAUGAUCGGAAAGCACAAAAACAUCAUCAACCUGCUGGGAGCCUGCACACAGGACGGUCCUCUGUACGUCCUGGUGGAGUACGCCUCCAAAGGCAACCUGAGGGAGUACCUGCGGGCGCGCCGGCCACCGGGCAUGGACUAUUCCUUUGAUACGUGUAAAAUCCCAGACGAGCAGCUGACCUUCAAAGACCUCGUGUCCUGCGCCUACCAGGUGGCCCGAGGCAUGGAGUACCUUGCCUCACAGAAGUGUAUCCACAGAGACCUGGCAGCCAGGAACGUCCUUGUGACAGAGGACAACGUGAUGAAGAUUGCUGACUUUGGUCUCGCCAGAGACGUGCACAAUAUAGACUACUACAAAAAGACCACAAAUGGCCGUCUGCCCGUGAAAUGGAUGGCUCCAGAGGCUCUCUUUGACCGCGUCUACACGCACCAGAGCGACGUGUGGUCCUACGGCGUGUUACUGUGGGAGAUCUUCACCCUUGGGGGCUCGCCGUACCCGGGCAUCCCCGUGGAGGAACUCUUUAAGCUGCUGAAGGAGGGACACCGCAUGGACAAGCCUGCUAACUGCACACAUGAGCUGUACAUGAUCAUGAGGGAGUGCUGGCAUGCGGUGCCGUCUCAGAGGCCAACCUUCAGGCAGCUGGUAGAAGACCACGACCGUGUUUUAUCCAUGACCUCAACUGAUGAGUACCUGGACCUGUCGGUGCCGUUCGAGCAGUACUCGCCCACCUGCCAGGACUCCAGCAGCACCUGCUCCUCGGGGGACGACUCCGUCUUCGCCCAUGACCCGCUUCCAGACGAGCCCUGUCUUCCCAAGCAGCUUCCCAGCAACGGCGUCAUUCGGACGUAAGACCCCAGCUGGAGGGAAGGCGGGACGAAGGAAUCGAGUCUUUAACUGGACGAAAUUUGAAGGAUUUUCACAAAGUCUAUUUUUAUAUUCAGGCCAGUCUUUUCUUAUGGACAAUCUGAGGAGGGAGGGUGGGGGGGGGGGGGACCAUUCUGUGCCUACUGGGAAAGAAGCUUCCGGAUGCUGGAGCAGGAAGCACAAAAUCUUUCGGUCUUGAGACUGUGCCAAAGGUUUAGGACGCUCUCCUGCCAGGGUAAAGUCACAUCCAUCAUGGCAACAGUCUUCCAAAGUCCCUCAACUGCCGCUAGCGAGCGUCAUCGUCACGCGUACGUGUGAGGUGACCAGCACACUUUAGAAAAGAAUCUAUUGUAAAUACGUACAGUACAUGCAAAUAUUAGUGUUUUAUUGUCAUUUACCUUCAACAAAAUUUGUUUUUGUUUUGGACGGAAGCAAUCUAGACGACACUGUCAUGGAAAAUCACGAAAAGGCCACGCUGAAAAAAGGUUUAUAGAUUCAUUAAGGUGUAUAUUUGUAAAGAUAUUUAUAGAUGAACACGGCCAGGUCUGCUUAAUUAAGAAAGAACGUGAUUUUAUUUCCAAUGUUGUAACUUAUUUUACGCACUGAAAAGAUGACAAAGGACAGGGACGAGGAAACAGGCAGAACAUUAUGAGAAAAAAACUCAAAGCUAUGAGAAAAAUGUCAUUUUCAGAGAAGAAAGUCGGAGCAAUAAAAAAGUGAAGUCGUGUGAACAAAGCGAUACAUUUACCAAAGAAGCAUUCAAAAAUGCUUACGGGAAGAAAGCAUUUAAAUUUACAAUAAAAAUGGCAAAAAUAAUGUUUUAUCUUUUCGCGUUUAAAAAUGUUACAAGGAAAAAAGGUCAUAAAAAGUUGUAAAAAAAAAAAUGAGAAGAAAGUGGUAAAGUUACAUUAAACACGGCAAAAAGAUCAAAAAGUUUCAUAAAGUCACUUGGAAAAGGUCAGAUGGAAAAAAAGCUAAAUUGCAACAAACACAUGGAAAAGAUCAAAUUGUCACAUUAUAAUAAAAAAGAAAAGAAAAGAAAAGAUCAGGCUUUAAAAGUUACUUGGAAAAGUUGACGGAGAAAAAAGUUAUUAAAUUACAGGAAAAAAGUGUAAAAAAAUAAAAUACCAACAUUAAGAUUAAAAGUCACAAAGUACAUCAACUAAAGUUUGAUCAAAUAAUACAAUCGGAACAAUGCUGGAAAAAAGUCCAAAAAUUAAAUAUUAAAGUUGUACUGAAAUAAUAAAGUUAUGAAAGAAAAUUCGAAAGAAAAAAAAAAAAACUCAUAAUGCUCGCUCUUUCUUCUCGUAGUAGUAUGUUUUUCUUUUCGGUAUCUCCCUCAUAGUCGUUGUGGUGGUUAGCUUCUGUCUGGUGUGUUUUAAAUAAAGAGAAGAAGCCAGAACGUUCCACAAGACAAGAAGGCGGCCAUCUUACUUUUGGCUCAAAACGCCAGUGUGAAGGCUCAUGCUAGCCGAGCUGGCGUUGUGCUUUGCAAUACGGAAGAGACGUUCAUCAAGUCUUUGCUGGCCAAGAGACUUUUAUUAACCUGAGAGGCCUUUAAGUGGAGAACCUUCACGCAACACGAAAGUCCCAUCGUGCUUUGCACCUGAGCAGUCCAACAAAGCAAUACUUCCAGUGGCCAGCAGGUGGACGUUUGUUUGUGUGUGUGAAGAAGCUAACACGUUGCUCUUCAGUAUUAAAAAUGACAUGAAGUCUCGCAAGUUAUUAUUAUGAUUAAUAUUCCGUCACGGUGCCAAAAGAGUCUUAAAAGUCUGCUUCGUCUCUGAAAGUGCAGCAAAGCAUCAUGGGAUGACAAAAAGUAAAAAAAAACAACAACAAAAAAAGAGAAAAGAAGUGGUGUUCACGCGCUGCUAAAAUUCCCAACAAGACUGUGUGAGUACUUAAUGAAUUGUACCCCCUUUUUUCGCAAAGUACUUUUAUUUAAUUCAUGCUGGGAGACUUUUGAAUCACUAAAUAAAUCAAAUAGUAGUAUUAAACAAGCGAGUCUUCCUGCAAAACGCUAGCAAAUGAUUGGUUUUGAAUGUAAGGAAAAGAAGCAGAAUGAAAGGCACUUAAAGACGUGAAGAAAAAAAAGACGUUGGGUUGCUUAUUUUUAUUUAUUCUUCCAUGCUGUGUCAAAGCUUUCCCUAUGGUGAGAGCGUUUUUAUUCAAGCUAACUGCUUUUUUGGGGGGGAUUUUUUUGUUUGUUUGUUUUUUCAUUCGUUGAUAGAAGAGCCAGAUGAUCACCUCACUCGUUACUGCCCCCUAUCUGUCAUCCACUGUUGCAGCAUCCUCCACGCUCACUCAAGCUAAUUUGUUGUCUGGCGCUUUCAAACUGGAUGUGUUGUUUUUCACUUGUGCGUGACGUUGUUAGCGCAUGUUCCGGAAUGCUCGUGAUGUGUCGACCAAGAGCGAACGUAAAAAAAAAAAAAAUUAGCACUCUGAGUGAAUUUGUACGAAUCGUCGGUGUUGUCACGUUUUUCAUCCUAAAUAGGCAAUUUGGCUGUAGAUCGGAUGCUAACACGAGAAGCUAGCAGGCAAACCAUAGCAUUACAACCCCGAUGUGAACGAAUGUGGGUUUUUUUUGUGAGAAAAUUUGAAAAUGAGCGCAACUUGUCUGAUAUGUUUACGUUUGGGUGAUGCACACUUUUUAAAAACGACUCAUAGAGCAUUUAUGACUUCUUGUUUUAUUGUUGCUUUUUAUUUUCCAUGCUGGAAUUUUGUCUUUUUUUAUUUUUGUCUUCCUCAUGCAUUGAUUUGUAUUCUCUUCAUCAGAUUAAUUUAUAGUUUGAAACGUGCUUGCUGAUGUACAUAAGAGACAUUAGACUUUGUUUUUUUAGAGUUUUAUGUAGCCGUAUGAGCUAUUUCUUUUUUUUAUUUUGCAUUCCACUUCAGGUGUUCUACAACAACAAUAGCCACAUAAUUUAUUUGAUUUCCCCCGUCUGUCUAACAUAGAGAAGCGGAACUAACCGUUUGUUUCAUAACAUGUCGCUUGUGAUGAUGAGGAUGAUGAUGAUGAUGGAGGCUCCGGAACAUUCCACCACGUUCACGUUCACGUCACGCAUCUUCUUCUCUCUGACGAACUAUGCUGUUUUCAAUAAACAUCUUAUAUGUUGUAA